AUAACAGAAUUGGAUUUGUGGAUGCAUGAAUGGUAGAUUCAUUUGUUAAACAUUAAAUCAUGCGUUUAAAUGUUUUGAUAAUUUAUAUUUGAGCUUCUAUUGAGUAAAUCCUUUCCUUCAUAUUCUUCACUUUUAUUUCGAUUAUUUCCUUUACUCUAUUUCUCAGUUUUGUUAACAAUGAUUUUUAGAUGGAGUCACGACUACCAAAACCAAAAUUUAAUGUACCAAGUACUGUGAAGAGUGUAAUUAAUUCAAUAAAGGAAGUUAAAACAGACAUGGACACUAAUAAAGAGCUGAAAGAUAAGAAUAAUCAGCCACAAAAAAGCUCUAGUGAAACUUUGAAGAAAUGCAAGAGUACUAUGAAUAUUACUGAUAAAUGUGCAACUGAAAAUAAGGCUCCCUCCAAGCAGACUCUUACCAGAUCAAAAACCAUGUCUUCCAUUAAUACUAGAGCUGUGAAAAGGCCAGCUACAACCUCCACAGUACACGGGGAUGUUAAGAAACCAUAUGUUAGACCUGUAGCCAAAGUGACAACUACUUCAACAAGAACUGGUACUACAUUAACAAACACUGCCAAACCUAGUCAGACUACGAGAGUUGGGAAGACACAAAAUAGUGGUGCACCUGUCAAGCCUAUGAAGUGGGACUUGAAGGGUCGAUUGGCCCAAGCAAGUGACGAAUUGUCUAAUGUGAGACAACAAUUUAAAGAGACUGCAUCGAAAUGCAGUGAAUUAGAAGAACAACUGAACUCCUUGAAGACAACUGAGAGCACGUAUAAAAAAAAGGCAGAGGAAUAUGAAACUUUAAACGAAAAACUGGACAAGGACCUUAAGGAAAUGAAAGAGGAGAUGAAUAAAGUUCAUAAAGAAAACGAAAGUUUAACGAAACAAUUAAAAGAGUCAGAAGAAACAGUUCAAAACGUUUCAAGCAUCCUGGACCAAUUUAAACAGAAGUGUCGCAGCCAGGAAACUCUAAUUAGUAAGCACGAAGCCGUAGUAAAAGAUUUACAAUUGAAUUUAGAUACUCAAAUGAAAAUCAAUGAAGACCUCGAGAAACUGAAAACAGAUUUACAGACUCUAGUACACACCAUGGAUAAAGAUCGCCGAGUACUGCGUAAAGCAAUUCAAGAGAUGAAAGGAAACAUCAGAGUGUUCUGUAGGGUUCGUCCCAGAACGAACGAAGAGCUUGGGAAACCGAUGUGUACGUUGAACUUCAUAGAUGAAUGCACUAUUGAAGUCGGCAAGUUCGAUAGCUCGAGUGUGGCUAGCGGGAAGUGCAGAGCAAAUCGACAAGAAUUUUCUUUCGAUAAAGUGUUUCCACCAACCGUGAAACAAGAAGGUAUCUUUGAAGAAUUAGCGUUGUUGGUACAAUCUGCGUUGGAAGAAUAUAACGUUUGCGUUUUCUCGUACGGUCAAACUGGUUCUGGCAAAACUUACACUAUGGAAGGUUUACCUGAUAUUGAGACAGAAGGCAUGAUACCUAGAACGGUACGGCAUAUAUUUAAAGAAAUGAAAGAGUUUCAAUUACUUGGUUGGGAAUACCGAAUAGAAGCCAGUUUUCUUGAAAUCUACAACGAGCAUAUUGUUGAUUUACUGGAUUGUCAACCAAAGAAUCACGACAUUCGAAUGGCUGACCCCAAGGGUCACGAUUUGUUCGUCACUAAUCUCCAAGUAGAGGAAAUUCAUAGCCCCGAAGAGUUACACGAGUGUCUUUUAAUAGCGCAACGUAACAGAGCGGUUGCAGCUACCCAAUCGAACGAACGAUCAUCGAGGUCGCAUUCUGUGGCGAGAAUAAAGCUUAUCGGAACGCAUAAAACGAAAGAAGAGGUCUCGAUAGGAAACUUGAAUUUGGUCGAUCUGGCGGGUUCGGAAAGAUUAAAGAACGAGGAGUCUGUACGAGUGACUGAAACAAAAAACAUCAACAAGUCGCUGGCAAAUCUGGGCAACGUGAUACUUGCUCUUUUAAAGAAGCAAGAACACAUCCCGUAUAGAAAUUCGAAGCUUACGCAUCUAUUGAUGCCGUCCUUAGGUGGUAACUCGAAAACUUUGAUGUUACUGAACGUAUCGCCUUUAGACGAGUGUUAUAAUGAAACACUGAACUCGCUGAGAUUCGCCAGCAACGUUAACAGUUGCAAAAUGGGAAACGCGAAAAGGACGCGAACAGUCUUACAAAAUAGUACAUAAAGUAUCAUCCAGCAAUAUUUCAUUAAAGUUAACGACUUGAAUGGUCAUCUGUUCUUUGUAUUCUGUUUUAUAUAAUCGACUGGUCUUUUACAACACCUCAUACUUCCUCCAUUUUUUACAUCGUAAGAUAAUGUGUAAAUAGUUUAAUGUAAGAUGUUUUAAGAUAUACGAUAGUAUUUUUAGAAUAAAUUAUUUUUUCAUCUAAAUUAGAUUUACUUUUAGUCGGAUUGCAAAAUUCUCGAUGAAUUUCACACAAUUAAUUAUUUGUUACGCGUUUUUCAUGAAAAUGUUUUCAUGGAAAAUCUUUGUACAAAUAUCAAUGAGUAACAUUGUAAUCGGAUGAAUGAUGUAUUCGAUCUUCCUCAAUGUACCGUUCGAAUGUUUAUAUUGAUAACAAAUUAAAAUACGAUGUUAAUACUUCUAAGAGAAAAUAAACACGUUGUACAAAUAUAUAAUUACAAUAUGUAUUUUAUUUAAAAUGACGCUCUCGAGGUAGCUAUUUGUAAAUCGAUUUUAUACGAACGACGUAAUCCGUCGAUACUUCUAACGUGCAUGGGUAAACGAGUUGGGAACUCUUCAAAUUUGCUAAGAAUUUCUGAAAUUCCGGCGAAGAGCUAACUAUGCCUCUGCGCAUGAUUUUUUUAUAUAUAACAUCAUGCUUUUUAAAAUUAUUCGUAACUUUUAAACUACGUCUUGUAUGAUCCAAACGUUGAUCUACAAGAUACUUGUUCGACAAACGAUUCUUUAAUAGAGGACUACGAAAGCACUGAUGAUGGUCAUAAUUGUUGAAGAGCAAUAGUGUAUAACUGCUAAAUAUAAUUUCACUCUGUACAGUAUUUAUAUUUGCAUCCGAUUUCUUUACGCAUUUCGUCUGUUCCAAUGUCCAUUCGUUUUUG